AUGGCUUUCCCUCAACCAGGCGGACCGGCUUUUCGUCACGCACAGUCCUUUGCGGAUGCCCAGUCCCAGUUCGACAUUCUCGAGUGGCACCCAUACUUCAUGUCCUGCAUGCGAUACUUCCUGGACCACGCCCAAUACCAUGGCCCUGUGCAGGCUCUUGCUGGAUUCAUCAACAUCCGACUACCUUUCCAGAAGCCCAACCCGGUGCUGUCUUCACAGACAGUCCGCCCACCACCAGAACUAGAGGCGUCUUGUGCCCGGGGAGCAGCGGGAAAGGCACCCGUCGGGGGCUAUGGUCUUCAGUCGUAUGCGAGUGUCAACUUGAUCCCCUAUAUCCGCCGUCUGGUAGCUACGGGAUAUGAUUUUCCCGGAGUUUUGCACGGCUUUUUCGGCGACGACUGGGAGGCUGGGAUCGGGCCACUACACGAGAACGAGCGACGGAACUACCUCUUUGCGGCCAAGAGCUCCAACUGGCUCAAGGUCAAGGCGGCUUACGACAUGAACGAGGAAGAGUCCAUACCGUUUUUGAAACCUUUGCGCGAUGCGACCGAAAGAGAGAUUGUUCUAGCUGAGAGAAGCUGGAGUGAAUGGUUGGCGAUGCAGGACUGGAUGUUGGGACCACGCGCACCAGAUGUGCAGCAAGCCAACGGCAAUGGAAACGGGAACAAUGCCAAUGGAGGACGGAUGCAGGGUAUCAAAAGGGAAGGUGACUAAGAGGGUUCAUACCAGGAGGCUCUGUAACGUGAAUUGGGAACGGAUAGGGGAAAGUUAAUGGGCUGGAUAUGAGUGCUCUCUGUUGAGUGUUGGCAUUCCUUCGUACAACUAACUUCCUUACGGGCCACGUCUGAGCAUUUUGCUAUGGGGUUAGGAUGGCUCUGUAUCAUACAAACAAAUAUCGGGAAUUCGAUUGAGAAAACGAGGACAUAUUCCCA